UCUCCGCUCUCCUCCCUCCCUCCUCCCCCCUCCACCCUCUGGGCCGGAUCUCGUCUCGCUGAGGCGGAGGAGGAGAAGGAGGAGGAGGAGGACGUUCGGCCUGCGCAGUGAGAUGUUUGUCCGUCGCCGCCGCCGCCGCCAUCGCGGAGAAGCGCGAUAAAGGGAGCCGAGCCCGGCGCGAGGGGAAGCCCGCGGAGCCGCCGCGCCAGCGCAGCCCCCGGCGGAGCCCGAGCCGCCUCCCCCGCCGCCGCGGCCGCCCAGGGGCCGGCCCGCCGCCCAGCCCAGCCCGGGGGCCGCGCCGCCGUCCCCCGCCGAGCCCCGCGGCCGCCCUCCCGCCUUCAAUGUGACACCGGCGCCUCGGAGUGCGAGCCGCAGCCGCCGCCGCCGCCGCCGGGGAGGGGCCGAGCACCAUGUCGAAUCUGAGCAAAGGCACGGGGAGCCGGAAGGACACCAAGAUGCGGAUCCGGGCCUUUCCGAUGACCAUGGAUGAAAAAUAUGUAAACAGCAUUUGGGACCUUCUGAAAAAUGCAAUUCAAGAAAUCCAGCGUAAGAAUAACAGUGGUCUUAGUUUUGAGGAGCUCUAUAGAAAUGCAUAUACAAUGGUUUUGCAUAAACAUGGAGAAAAGCUCUACACUGGACUAAGAGAAGUUGUUACUGAACAUCUCAUAAAUAAGUGCAUCACAUCAGGAGGCACAUGCUGUCAGUUUAUGCCAUUAUUGGUGAUGUUAACUUUGAUCACUUGGUGUUCGCCAGAUUUCUUCACUGUAAAGGUGCGAGAAGAUGUACUAAAUUCACUGAAUAACAACUUUCUUCAAACACUAAAUCAAGCUUGGAAUGAUCAUCAAACAGCCAUGGUGAUGAUUAGAGACAUACUAAUGUAUAUGGACCGUGUAUAUGUACAACAAAAUAAUGUAGAAAAUGUCUACAAUUUGGGAUUAAUAAUUUUUCGAGAUCAAGUUGUACGUUAUGGGUGUAUUAGGGAUCAUCUUCGGCAAACUUUAUUGGAUAUGAUUGCCAGAGAGCGGAAAGGAGAAGUUGUAGACAGAGGAGCAAUAAGAAAUGCUUGCCAGAUGUUAAUGAUUUUAGGUCUUGAAGGAAGAUCAGUCUAUGAGGAAGAUUUUGAGGCUCCUUUUUUGGAAAUGUCUGCAGAAUUUUUUCAGAUGGAAAGCCAGAAAUUUUUAGCAGAAAACAGUGCUUCAGUAUAUAUAAAGAAAGUAGAAGCUAGAAUUAAUGAGGAAAUAGAGCGGGUGAUGCACUGCCUUGACAAAUCUACAGAAGAGCCCAUUGUGAAGGUUGUUGAGAGGGAACUCAUUUCUAAGCACAUGAAAACUAUUGUAGAAAUGGAAAAUUCUGGGCUGGUACAUAUGUUGAAAAAUGGAAAGACAGAAGACCUUGCUUGUAUGUACAAAUUAUUUAGUCGUGUGCCAAAUGGUUUGAAGACAAUGUGUGAAUGUAUGAGUUCUUAUUUGAGGGAACAAGGAAAAGCCCUUGUUUCUGAGGAAGGAGAAGGGAAGAAUCCCGUUGACUAUAUCCAGGGCUUAUUGGAUCUGAAGAGUAGGUUUGAUCGCUUUCUCCAAGAAUCCUUCAAUAAUGACCGGCUCUUCAAACAGACUAUUGCUGGGGACUUUGAGUAUUUCCUAAACCUCAACUCCAGGUCUCCUGAAUACCUCUCAUUAUUUAUUGAUGAUAAGCUGAAAAAGGGAGUCAAAGGGCUAACCGAACAAGAAGUAGAAACAAUAUUGGAUAAGGCAAUGGUCCUUUUUAGGUUUAUGCAAGAAAAAGAUGUAUUUGAACGUUAUUAUAAACAACACCUGGCAAGGAGACUGCUCACAAAUAAAAGUGUUUCUGAUGACUCUGAAAAAAAUAUGAUUUCUAAAUUAAAGACUGAGUGUGGAUGUCAGUUCACAUCGAAACUGGAAGGAAUGUUUAGGGAUAUGAGCAUCUCAAACACAACUAUGGAUGAGUUCAGGCAACAUCUACAGGCAACGGGGGUAUCUUUAGGUGGUGUUGAUCUCACAGUCCGGGUUCUCACAACGGGAUAUUGGCCUACUCAGUCAGCCACACCAAAGUGCAACAUCCCACCAGCACCAAGACAUGCUUUUGAGAUAUUUAGAAGGUUCUACUUAGCCAAACACAGUGGGCGACAACUCACACUCCAGCAUCACAUGGGUUCUGCAGAUCUCAAUGCCACCUUUUAUGGUCCGGUUAAAAAGGAAGAUGGAUCUGAGGUUGGCGUUGGUGGUGCACAAGUAACUGGUUCUAAUACCCGAAAGCACAUACUGCAAGUCUCCACUUUCCAGAUGACCAUAUUAAUGCUCUUCAAUAAUAGAGAGAAAUACACAUUUGAGGAAAUUCAACAAGAAACAGAUAUUCCUGAAAGAGAACUUGUUAGAGCCCUCCAGUCCCUCGCCUGUGGUAAACCAACACAGCGGGUCCUCACAAAAGAACCCAAGUCAAAGGAGAUAGAAAGUGGCCACAUAUUUACAGUUAAUGAUCAGUUCACAUCCAAACUACACAGAGUCAAGAUUCAAACAGUUGCAGCCAAACAAGGUGAAUCCGACCCAGAAAGGAAAGAAACAAGACAGAAAGUAGAUGAUGACAGAAAACACGAGAUAGAAGCUGCUAUAGUGCGAAUAAUGAAGUCUAGAAAGAAGAUGCAGCACAAUGUUUUAGUAGCAGAGGUAACUCAGCAAUUGAAGGCUCGAUUCUUACCAAGUCCAGUUGUUAUUAAGAAACGUAUUGAAGGACUUAUUGAGAGAGAAUAUUUGGCACGAACACCUGAGGAUCGCAAAGUAUACACAUACGUAGCAUAAAAUGCAUUCAGAAAUUUGAUUUAUUCUUGGACUGUACUCUUCGCAUGGACUGGGAAGUUCUUUUAAAUCAUUACUAUUAAGACGACCAUCUCUUCUGUUAAAUGCAGUACAUGUUAUAGACCACUCAGAUCAAGCCUCUACUCCCUCUGAGAGUUUUCAACAUCAGUUGAUUGAGCUUCAGGCUUUCCAACGUUAUCCCUGUAGAGAUCAUCUUUACAGUUCCUCGGGAAAAUGUGAAUGUGCCGCGUUUUGUUUUCAAUAUUGUAUGAAAACAGAAAAAAAUAAAACAAAUUUAGAAAACACAGCUCAUUAAAAUAAAAUUGUUGGAUUUCAUUUC